UUGGUCAAUUUUGGCUGAAUUAUGGAGUGGUACAUAAGCAGACAACGUGACAACUAGUCAUAUAAUGCUAAGUGGUCUUACAUUUUCCAGGAAAAUAAUACUCCUAUCAAAACAAAGACUACCUAACAAUGGAAAAAGAAUCAGAGAAAAAGAAACCAAGAAUUCUCUGCCUCCAUGGCUUUAGAGGCAGUGCUGAAAUCCUCAAGAAAUUGGUUCUCCGGUGGCCGGAAUCCGUCUUAGAUAAAUUAGAUUUGGUUUUUUUGGAUGCACCUUUUCCAGCUCAGGGAAAAUCUGCACUUGAAGGUUUCUUUGAUCCUCCUUACUUUGAAUGGUUUCAAUCAAAUAAGGAUUUCACAGACUUUUAUAACUUUGAAGAAUGUGUAGAGUACAUAGAAGAUUUUAUGUCAAGGCAUGGACCUUUUGAUGGUAUUCUUGGUUUCUCACAAGGAGCAGUUUUAGGUGCAGCAAUACCAGGCAUGCAAAGGGAAAGAGUGGCUCUAACAAAAGUUCCUGAGAUAAAGUUUGUAAUCAUAAUAUCAGGAGCUAAAUUAGGAGGGCCUACAUAUGUUGUACCACAAUUGGCUGCCAAUGCAUUUUCAUCUCCUAUCAACUGCCCAUCCCUUCACUUCUUAGGAGAGACAGAUUUCCAGAAAAAAGAUGGUGAAAUUCUGCUGGAGAGUUUUGUAGAUCCACAAGUGAUUCAUCAUCCUAAAGGCCAUACCAUACCCAAACUUGAUGAUAGCAGUCUUGAAAUAAUGCUUGGAUUUAUUGAAAAAAUUCAAACACUUUAAGUUUGCACGAAGAAAUAAUUGUAGUUCUGGGUCUCAUUGUUGGUCUCCACAAGAAUUCUCGAUUGUAUGACAUAUGAAUAAUGGUUAAUUUUUUUUCCAGUUAUAUUUUCUUUGAUUAUGGACAUCUACUGAUGUAAUAUUUCACAAACAUGAUAAUUUACUAGUAUAUAUAAUAGACUUUUUUUAACUACAUA